GUGGCUUUUCAGCCUCGCACUCUGUAAUUGGUUGGGGCACUUCGUCUUCUCCAAUCGGAUCUCACUUUCUCUCUCUCUCACCGGUAAAAAUGGCGAUGUGGGUUUUCGGGUACGGAUCUCUAAUUUGGAAAACGGGUUUUCCUUUCGACGAUCGUCUACCUGGUUAUAUCAAAAACUAUCGCCGUGUAUUUCACCAAGGUAGUACUGAUCAUAGAGGAACUCCAGAAUUUCCGGGAAGAACAGUGACAUUGGAGCCUGCACAUGGAGAAAUCUGUUGGGGAGUUGCUUACAAGAUAACCAAGGAAGAAGACAAAAGAGAUGCUUUAACACAUUUGGAAGUGAGGGAGAAGCAAUAUGAUCAGAAAGAGUAUCUUGAUUUCUUCACAGACAUUAAUGAUUCAGAACCAGCUGUAUCAGGAGUAAUGGUAUACAUAGCUUCUCCUGACAAGAAGAGUAACAACAAUUACUUAGGACCAGCUCCUCUUGAAGACAUUGCCAAACAGAUAGUUAAAGCGGAAGGACCUUCAGGACCAAACCGAGACUAUCUGUUCCACCUUGAAGACGCUCUCGUUCAACUCGGAUUUAAAGAUAAACAUGUCACAGAACUUGCUACGCAAGUUAGGCUCGUUCUCUCAGAGACCCAAGACGCCACCAACGAUGUCUAGAUUCGCAGUUUCUUUAUCCGAAAAGAACAAACCUAAUUGAUAAGAAAUGCUGCUUUCGCAUCCCAAUUCAAUGUGUUAUAUCACUAUCAAAUCAACUCUUAUUCUUUUUUUUUCUUUUUUUUUUUUCAUAUUUGUCACAUCGUGGGAUGAGUAAUAAUAAAAGGUAUUCAGUGAUUCAGAAUACGAUUCUUCUAGAUGUAGUUGAAUCUGUGUAUCCCAAUAAUCACUGUAAUUAAAAGCUACUUGGCAAUA